AUGGCAGACAACUCAAUACCCUCUGAAGCUCCGCCACCUUACUCCCAAGUUAUCGGCUCCGCCUCUGCCUCUACAUCACAACCUACCAGCCGUCUUACUGUCCCAGCUCGCAAUGACAUCCCAGCCGAACACCGUCGAAGCAUGGAGGACGAGGCGCGGCCCUUGCCCAAGGGCUGGCUGCGAACCUUCGAUCCGGAGAACGAGCAUCAAUUCUUCGUCGACACCAACCAAGACCCUCCGCGCAGCAUCUGGACCCAUCCUUACGACGACGAAGAGUACCUCCGCAGCCUGCCCAGUGCAGAACGCGAGCGCAUCGAGGCAGAAAGCGAAGGCCGACAUCGAGCGAGCGUCCCAGAUCUUAUGGCCGAACACACGGACGAGGAGGGCGGACACUCGCCACGCACGAGCUCCAGCACCCAUGCAGAGCUCCCACCCAGACCCACCGACGACAAGAAAACCGGAAAGGAUCGCUCGCUAGGUCGCAAGCUCAAGGACAAACUCACAAGCUCUACCCACGAAGAGCGCGAGCAGGCACGUGCACGCCGCGCAGAGCAGGAACGCCAGCUCUACGCCCGCCACAUGAAGUACCGCGCUGCCAUGCUCAAGGCUGUGCAGACGGGGCAGCCGCAGUUGCUGGGCCAGGAUCGCGAGGGCAAGGACGUUUAUAUUGAGCCCCCGGCGUACAGGGGAGGCUCGGGACUCUACGGCGGGAGAGGAUAUGGCUACAAUCCGUAUGGGUCGGGUAUGUAUGCGCCGCCCGGGAGGUAUAUGCGUCCGGUGGCACCGUAUGGGAGGCCAUAUGGCGCUGGCUACGGCGGUGGGUAUGGCAUGCCGUUGGCGCUUGGUGGGGGGCUUAUGGGUGGGAUGGCACUCGGUGGAUUGAUGUGA